UAGUUGGUUAGUUGGAAUCUCAGGACGGCGGACUACGGAGAAACGGUAAACGGUAAUCGCGUUGUCCGGCGAAAGCGAAUCGCGCGUAUUGCUCUUUCAUUUCUCUCAGUGCAAAUGCAGGUCAGCGAAAGCUUCUAGUGCGUGAGAAGAGAGACAGAGAGAGAGACAGAGAGAGAGUGAAAGAGAGUCGUGCGUGGCAUGUGUGUGUGAGUGAGAGCGCGAAGAAAGGAGGAUCUGCGGAAAGAAGAAGAGAACAGGGACGUGAAAUGCAACAAAAAAGAAAAGAGCUUUACUUUGGUGGAAAGUUGUGACCGCACUAACUGUAAAUGUCCGCUCGGAUAUUCACAUACCCAAUAAGUGUUGCAAGGGUUACGUUGCGUUCACAAUAGUUAGAUACAUUUGAAAUGCAAACGCCGCCAGUCCGCAGCAUCUGUAACAAGAAGAACAGCAACGAACAGAGGAGCCGCAAGAGCAGGAGAAUCCGCCAUUGAAGCACUCGGAAGAAUCUGAAUCGGCAGCGGAGAAGCGAAGAGAAGAAAGACAAGACCCCGAUCCCAGCGUUGCGCCUUCUCAGCAGAAUCGGGGCAUCCAUUAAGCUGCUGACAGAACAAAAUUCCCCAAUGGAGACGAAGAAUCCCCCGCCGGUGACCAGCAGCUACCACCACCAGCGGGCGCCGCGCACCCCGGAGUCGUACUUCAAUGUGCCGGAAUCGGUGGCCCUGCUGAACAUCGUCAAGUCGGAGCGCAUCCAGAGCGCAUUCCAGUCGAACCGGAAGAACCAUGCCAGCGUGUGGGAGAUGGUGGCCGAGGUGCUCAACCGCUUCAGCACCCGUAAGCGUACGGCCAAGCAGUGCUGCAAUCGGUACGAGAAUCUCAAGAAGAUCUACACGCAGCUGAAGAAGAAUCCCGAACGCCAUGUGCGCCGCAAUUGGCCGUACAUGUUCCUCUUCAAGGAGAUCGAGGAGCAGCGCGGCGAAUGCUGGGGCUCGAAUGGCAAGCGCCUGGCCCUGAUCUCCAAGAACCACAACGAGCUGUCCUACUACCAGCGCCGGCGGCAGGCGGCCGAGCUGGGUGUGCUGCUCAACAAGGACAAUCUCACCCCGCACCAGCACAGCCUCCUGCAGAGCCUCAGCCAGAGUGGCCAGAGCCAUUCGCACGCCCACUCCACGGACUCCUCGCAGAGCGGGAGCAAACUGGAGCGAUUCCUGCCCAAUCACUUUGUGGAGGCGCAGCUGAACGAGGUGGCCUGCCCGGUGGGCGGAUCCGCAUCCGGCGUAUCCGGCCUGUCCGGCGGUGGUGGCGUCUUCGACGAGAAUCCCCUCCAGAUGCAUGUGGCGGCCGCAACUGCAGCAGCCGCCGCUGCCGCCGUCGCCGCCCAGAAACGGCACGAGCUUCAGAUGGCCAAUGUUGGCGGCGUGCAGAUGACGCCCGAGGACGACGACGAGGAUGAGUCACAGCGUCCAGCAUUUAAAAACCACCUCCAUGGAAUGGGACACGGCCACCCACUUGGCUUGGGGCAUGGUCCAAUGGAUGACAGCGGCGAAGGACCCGACUUUGAAAAGGACUGCAAUGGAGCCCUCAACAUGCAUCACCAGAACAACAACCACCAUGAAAAUAACAUAUCCAUGAAGUCGGAGCCCCUUUCGGAGGGCGAGUUCAACCCGGAUGACAUCCAGCUGAUGCAGACGAACUACAAUGGGGCACAGAACUACUAUUCGCCGGGCCUGGAUCCGAAUAUACUGCACCCCGACGUGAUUGUCGACACGGACAACCUGUCCGACUGCUCCUCGUCCACCACGCUGAAGAAGAAGCGCAAGAUGUCCACCUCCACGGAUGGCGACAGCACCAACUACGAGCUGAUUGAGUAUCUAAAGCGUCGCGAGAAGCGCGACGAGGAGUUCCUCAAGCGAAUGGAUGCGCGCGAGGAUCGGCUGAUGAACCUGCUGGAGCGCACGGUGGUGGCCAUUGAAACGCUGGCCGUAAGACGGACACUGGCGUCGUUCCCAGUGGCGGUGGUCAGGGAGGAGAAGAGGACGCCAACGGCCGCUGGUCCCUGUGCCUUUUCACCGCCCCCAGAAGCUCAGUUCGCAGCGCCACCACCGCCACCACCAGCAGCAGAGCAACAGUCCAGUUUGGAACGCAACACUGGCAUUGCGCCACCACCCAGUGGCAGCAGCUCCAUGCCCACCGGCGGGGACCAGAUUAGCACCACCAUUGAGGUGCCCGACGACGGCGAUAGCAGCGGUGAGGAUGCCCAGGUCGCGGACAAGUCGGCCGUCGUCGUCCCAAAGGCUGGCGAAGAGGAACGGGCCGAGGUCAGGCAGACGUAGAAUACCCACUACUUUAACAUACGGUCGCUUGCUAGAUCUACUUAAGACUUCUACCUACCUACAUAUAAUCCCUCCGGAUGAGGACACAGUGCCAAAGAAGAGCCACGUCUCGAAUUUUUAUUGAGAUUGCCAUUUUUACUUAGAGAGCCAACGAACGUGCUUAGCGGACGAGAUAAACUUAAUGGAAUGCUGAGCACCGCAAUUAUUGUUGCAGCAAUAUUUUUAAAUCUUUUAAAUUAGCUUUUAGUUAGGCGGAAUCCCACCUACGGAUGCCAAAUGAAUCUCAGCACAAAGCAGGAUUCACAUCGCUACGAUAAUCUAGUUGGAGCUGCAACGGGGCUCAAAUGCAUUUGUGCAGCAACUUAAGCACAAUCAUUUCAUUUUUUUUUGUAAUCUAGAUCAAUACA